AUGGCAGAUGCACCAGAAGCCGCAGCCGCUGCAAGUGAGAACUCGCUGCUGACGCCGUCGUCGCCACAUCACCCACCCUCUUUCUCCGAGACAGACUUCAAGCAGACUGAUGACGCAAGAGCAGCAGCAGCAAGAGCAGCGGCAGCGGCAGCAGCCGCUGCAGCCGCUAUGGGAAACAGGAAGAAGCGUCGGGGCCUGGGCUCUGUGCUGUCUGCACUGAAAAAAACAGAAGCGUCGCACCUCAAGCGCUCAGUUGCAGAAUCUGAAAUCCACUCUAAAGAGCCUUCAGCGAGCCAACAGCCCGAAAUAGCCGACCUUCCCGAGGCUGUCGCAUUGGACUGCGAAAUGGUCGGCUCCCAAGUGGCGCUCGUCAACGAAAAGGGGGAAACGCUAGUGAACGAGCUCGUCAAACCACAGCUGCCCGUUACCGACCUCAGAGCGCACAUCACCGGUAAUUGCACACCAGCAAGCGCCUAG